CACUCAUUUUUCCAUAGUGUGAAAAUCGACCACAGAAAACAGAAAAGUUAUAGAAAAUCAAAAUUUUCAGCAAGAUAAUUAUUAUUAUUUUCUUGAGUACAACAUUAAUGCAAAAAUGUACAAAAUGAUCCUAUAAAGUACAGUCCAUCCUUGCAUGUUGUUUAAAUAUAGAAGUAAUACAUUGACUAUAUUAUUGGCUUGUCCGCCAUAAGGUACUUCUAACUACAAGAGUGAUUUCAUUCCCGUAUGGCGGCGUAUGUUAACCGAACGAUAUCGAUGAUGGCUGGUGACGGGCCACACAAUGUGUCGAUGUUGAACAACGGCUCGGUACGUGUGAACAUGCAAAAUGUUGACUCCCCGCUCCAGAUAUUCGUCAGAGCGAAGAAGAAGAUAAACGAUAUAUUUGUGGAGAUUGACGAUUAUGUCAAAGAUGCUGUCACUUUUAUGCAUGCUGUAUCGGGUGAGAAUGGCAUUGCCACACCACAGGAUAUGGGCAAUGUGGAGUCAUAUGUGUCAAAGGUGGAAGCCAUCAGAGAGGUUCUCAAGCGAGAUCAUAUGAAAGUUGCUUUCUUUGGAAGGACAAGCAAUGGCAAAAGCACAGUUAUAAAUGCGAUGCUCCAUGACAAAAUCCUACCGAGCGGGAUAGGACACACGACUAACUGCUUCUUGCAAGUUGAAGGUUCUGAUACAAACGAAGCCUACAUGAGAACGGAAGGCUGCGAGGAGAAACUUAAUGUACAGUCCGUAAGCCAAUUAGGUCACGCCCUGUGCGCGACUCGUCUGCAAGAGUGCUCGCUGGUGCACGUGCACUGGCCCCGCGAGCUGUGCGCGCUGCUGCGGGACGACGUGGUGCUGGUGGACAGCCCCGGCGUGGACGUGACGCCGAACCUCGACACGUGGAUCGACAAGUACUGCCUCGACGCGGACGUGUUCGUGCUCGUGGCCAACGCAGAGUCCACGCUCAUGGUCACUGAGAAGAACUUCUUUCACAAAGUAUCGACGAAGAUAUCCCAACCGAAUAUAUUUAUACUGAACAAUCGCUGGGACGCGUCCGCCUCCGAGCCGGAGUAUAUGGAGCAGGUACGCACACAACACGCGAACCGCUGCGUCGACUUCUUAUCGCGUGAGCUGCGUGUGUGCUCCCCUAAAGAGGCUGAGGAGAGGAUCUUCUUCAUAUCCGCCAAGGAAGCCCUGCUCACCAGGAUGCGUGAUCGAGAGAAACCUGUCUCUUCUCCGAUCCUGGCGGAGGGUCACCAGGUGCGCUACUUCGAGUUCGUGGACUUCGAGCGCAAGUUUGAGGAGUGCAUCAGCCAGUCGGCCGUGCGCACCAAGUUCGCGCAGCACUCGCGCCGCGGCAAGAACAUCGCUGGGGACGUCAUGGCGGCUCUCGACCGGGUGUACAACAUAGCAACAGAGCAAAAGGCAGCCAAGGUCGAGAAGCAGAGGAUACUGCACGAGCAGCUGUCGUCCAUAGAGGAACAGUUGACCACCAUCACGAGGCAGAUGAAGGACAAGAUCAACAGGAUGGUUGAGAGCGUGGAGCACAAGGUAUCUCUAACCCUGAGUCAAGAGAUCCGUCGUCUGUCGGCCCUCGUCGAUGAAUACGAAUCGGAAUUCCGUCCGGAGCGACCCGCCCUCGAGCAGUACAAGCGAGCCCUGCACCGGCACGUCGAGGCGGGGCUAGGGUCUAGACUCAAGAAGAGACUAUCUUCAGAUAUAGGAAACGAAAUGGACGUAGUUCAAAAGGAGAUGGCCGAACGCAUGUACAACAUCCUCCCCACCAACAAGCGGGCCGCCGCAGCGAACUACAUCAUACCUCACCAGCAGCCCUUCGAGGUGCUGUACCGGCUGAACUGCGACAACCUCUGCGCCGACUUCAACGAAGACUUGUCGUUCCGCUUCUCGUACGGGAUCACGGCUCUCAUCCAACGGUUCCAGGGAAAGAAUACUAAUCGGAUCGCUUUGAAUAACCCCCCACAGUACACUCAGAUCCCGGCCAGCAUCACCCCGGUGUCGGCGUUGCCCCCCGCCCCCCGCGCCGCGCUGCCCGUGCUCAGCGCGGAGGAGUGGGGGCUGCUCUCCAAGUUCGCGCUGGGGGCCCUCACGUCGCAGGGGACCAUGGGGGGCCUGUUGCUCUCCGGAUUGCUGCUGAAGACGGUGGGGUGGCGCGUGCUGGCGGUGACGGGGCUGGCGUACGGCGCGCUGUACGCGUACGAGCGCCUCACGUGGACGGCCAAGGCGCAGGAGCGCGUCUUCAAGCGCCAGUACGUCGCGCACGCCGGCAAGAAGCUGCGCCUCAUCGUCGACCUCACCUCCGCCAACUGCAGCCACCAAGUGCAGCAGGAGCUGUCCACGAUGUUCGCCCGGCUGUGUCGGCUCAUCGACGAGGCCACCACGGAGAUGGACGCCGAGCUGUCCGGGGUGCGGGACGCCAUCAAGAUGCUGGACGACGCCUCCACGUCUGCGAAGAAGCUGCGGAACAAGGCGAACUAUCUGUCGCACGAGCUCGAGCUGUUCGAAGAGGCCUUCCUCAAGCACAAUAAUUAAUUUUGUGUGCUAACACGACGUGUCGAACUGAAGACAGCGGCCGGCGAGACGCACUCCGCAGCCGACACGCAACGGCUUCACAAAAUAUAUACAAAGGUAGUAGAGUACAGGUACAUAUAGUUAUAAUGCCAAUCGAUUUAUUCAAUAAAUAGAUUAAUAUGGCAACACUCAACAGUCAAACGAGAAAGGGACAGCCAAUCUCGGGUUCUGUCGCCGUGACGUCACGCGGCGGCGCAAGUAAUGGCCGCUUCGCCAACGUCCAGUCAAAUAAUGUAUUAAAGAUGAAUUAAAUACUUGUGUUAUCUAAUUUAAAACACGAUUUUGAUUCUAUUAGAGCCACAACAACAAAUGUUGAGUGUGGGGUUGUGAAUGUAUCUCAAUAACUAAAAUGCUUUAAUGAAAUAAUUAAAAGCCCGUAAAGCUAAAAGGUCGGAUCUAUACGUGUUUAUUCAUUACGUGAAUAGCGUUUUCAUUUUUUGCCUUGCCGAUAAUUUCACUCGACUCUUACAUUCAAAUUUGUAGGCAGGAGAUAGAGAAAUGUCGAAUAUUUCAAUCGUUGUAUUGUGUGUGUAUUGGCGGGUAGUUCGCGGAAUCGAUCUUGUAAGGAAGUGCAGUUUACAAGAGCAUCGCUGUGAAUAAAUCUCUUAUUUAAAAACGAAAACAACCCAUCGUUUCCAUGGAGUUUGUGGAGUAGUUUGGCGGUCGAGCCCUCUGUGUGCUUAGUGCGAGUUCUUUAACAUUCUCGAUAGCGUAAAAGUUAACCCAAUUUUGUAUGCAGUUGGAACAGCGCCCCUAGCGGCAAACGUAGGCAAACUAUCCUAUUCCAUACAAAUAUGAGCUAACUUUUACGCUAUCGAGAACGUUAAAAAACUCGCACUAAGCACACUGCUAUCUUCGGGUCCACGUAAACAUUUGUGUGCUCAAAGAGUUUUUUUACUUCUCGAUCGCGUAAAAGUUAACUCAAAUUUGUAUGGAGUUGGAGCAGCUUCCCUUCGUUUGCCGCUAGGGGCGCUGUUCCAACUCCAUACAAAUUUGAGUUAACUUUUACGCGAUCUAUUUGAAUAGUAAAAUGAGUGCAUUUCUUAGUGUUUCAAGUUCAUUCGAACUCACGCGCUUGUGACGUCACAGUUCGGUAAAGAUACUGAGAAUCGGGUUCUAAGUUUCAGCGUAUCCUUUGAAAUUGCUUGGCAAACAAGUGUUUUCUCUCAUAUUAAUCUUUUCUUAACGAUGAUUUUUUUAAUAGAAACAAAUUUUCAUUAUGUCCUAAUUCAACCAAAUUUGCAAAUUAAAUUAUUCUCUUAAGGACUUGACAUUUGGCCGCAGUACAUAGGCGAUAUCUUUUACUUCAAUUAUUACUGGGGCAUAACAUUUUUAUUAACAUUAAUGUUUCGGUAGGCAGCGGCUUGGCUCUGCCCCUGGCAUUGCUGAAGUCCAUGGGCGACGGUAACCACUCACCAUCAGGUGGGCCGUAUGCCCGUCCGCCUCCAAAGGCAAUAAAAAAAAUGUGAGAAAUAUGAAAUAUCGGAAAUUUUAGAAAGAAUGAAAUAAAGACCGUAAUUAAAUUUUUUUUAAAAACAUUUAAUGUAUAUUUCGAUCUGUUAAUAUUGCUGCUUGGUACGAGGCGACCGUGUGGCUCCUUUAAUAGAAAAUACACGUUGACAUUUUAAGGUUCUUGAAUGAAAUACUUGAUUUUAUCACAAUCGAUGCAACGGCUCCCCACAGAUUAUAUAGGGAUAUGUUGUCUAUGAAUAUAAAGUGUUACUUGUCGUUAAAAUCUCAGUUCACAAAGUUAAGAUAGGUUGAAAUUUUAUUAUCCGUGGCAAUUUAUUAACAUGUAUUACUUUGAUCUUAUUGUUAAAGCAUGUUAUGUUACCAACAUUAAAAUACACGCACGCUACUUUAAAAUAUACACGUGCAUAAUCUGUGUAACGUUUAUUUGUAAUUAUUUAUUUAUUCCGACAUCUUUGUGUGUAUGUACAGUGAUUUUUAUUCUUAAUUAGAUCAAAUAUGUAUUAUUGUAAUUUAGUGAUUUUGUUAUUAUUAUUUUUUCAAACUUAUUUAAUCGAUCAAGCUAAGACGAAACGUCAAAAAAUAUAUGUUGUUGUUUCUUUGAGCUGUAUUUUCCCUCUGGCAAUACUAAUGUCACUGUAUGUAACUAUACUUAAGACCUUAGAAUUUAUAUCUCAAGGUGGGUGGCGCAUUAACGUCGUAAAUAUCUAUGGGCUCCAGUAUCCACUUAACACCAGGUGGGCUGUAAGCUCGUCCACCCAUCUAAGCAAUAAAAAAAAUAUGUUUCUUUUAGUCAUGUCACGAUAAAUUUGUUGAGAAUAAUCGCACGUAAAGUUGUUUACCUAAAGUGCGAGUGUAGGUUGUCCUUGUAGAUGCUAACUAACUUCUGGGUCCGUACUGUUGAUAUUAGUUUUAUAUAAUAAGUCUGGCAUGUAGGCUUCAUUCCAUAUCUUAUUAUUUGUGUGUCCAAAUUCGCUAUACAGGGUGUGGUAAAGUAACGUUGUCAAACUUUUCUUUUUUCUCUACCUACCUUGCUGGUAGCUUAAGGGGUUAUUUCAGCUACGUCCGGAUUGGUAAGUAAGCUCACGGGCUCAACCUGAGAGAAUUUGCUAACACUAGCCCCAGCAAGAGCAGUGCUGCAAUAUUUAUAAUACCACCGGAUUGGAAUCGCGACCCACUGAGAAGAUCCGGCGAGAAACUCAGUGGGCUGUGUCUAUUGUUUAGUUCGCUUGUCGUAAUUUGAGAGUUCGACGCAGGUCGUAAAGAAAUGAGAAUGGUACAUUGAGACAAAUACAGUUGGAAUUCAACCUCACGUCUCAAGGUCAUUAAUGACGUUCACGUUGUAUUCUUAGUCUCCAGUUACCGCACAAACACCAGGUGCGAUCUGAAGUCGUAUGUGUGUUUAGUGCGAAUUUUUUAACGUUCUCGAUAGCGUAAAAGUUAACUUAAAUGCUGUAUUUAUUUAUUUAUUCAAUUCAAUAAAAGUCAGGCUUACAGUUUCCACCAAAACGCCUAAAUCGUUAACACAAAAAACAUUACUAAAAUUAUUAAGUACUAGCCGUACUCGCUUCGCUAGGCAUUUAAAAUUAACAUUAUUAUUCAUUGUCAUUAUUAUUAGCGAGUCCAAUACUCAUAAAUAUUAGCCUAUCCAUUAAGUACAUGUAUUUUCUACAUGGGUACCAAGUUUCAAGUCAAUCAGAUGCAUGGUUCAGUAGUUAUAACGGAACAUCCGUAAAAACCACUGUAGAUUUAUAUAUUAGUAUAGAUUUUAUACUAAUAUAUAAAUAGAUAUUGCCGCUAGGGGCGCUGUUCCAACUGCAUACAAAUUUGAGUUAACUUUUACGCUAUCGAGAACGUUAAAAAACUCGCACUGAGCACACUGCUUAUAUAAUAAUAAUCUGUAUAAUCGCAUAUCUUCUACGACAGUGACUUUAGUAUUGCUCUGAAGUGGCAAUGGAAGGCUCUCUGAGUGAUAGAAUUUAAACGUAGAUUUACUAUGGUUCCUCAUAUUGUUACCUUGUUGUUGAAUGCUGCUCCUGAAUGUGCAACGAUAAACGUAAUUAUAAACUAAAGUUUUUUUUUUUUCACUAUUUAAUUCCAGACUCCAUGUCGGCACGAUUUGAAUUUGAAAUUUUAUUUGUUAGUAUACGCUUAAAUGCUUGAAAAUCUGUUCGCUUAAAGCUAGUUACGAACUGUGUUGUAGCUUCCGUGUUCAACUCCUGGCAUCAGUAUCAUUUUUCCAGUUCAUACGAAAUAAAAAACUGAACAAGAAAAUACUUCAGCACAAUGUGUUUACAGUAAGACCUAGUAUUUGAAUAGAUUUGUAUCUAUUUUGUCACACUAGUCUUAAGAAGUCAGCCAGUAAGUCAAUAAAUUCAAUCGAAGUCCAUAAACAAUAUUGAAAGGAAUACAACUUUUGCACAAGGAAAUGUAUUGAUUUUGUCAUUUUUAAGAACUCCAAAUUAUAUUCAGUUUCAUAUUACUCAUAGGAUCAUUUUAAAACAUUACAGAUUUGAUAGAACCAUACGAUUUGUUGUUGUCAGACAACCAACCGCCCCGGUCGACAGACAGUUUGCCGAUAAAGAUACAUUUUUGACAUUUUGGAAAUAAUGUAAAAUCAUAUUCAAUAUAUAUGUUACGGUAAAUGUACACUCUUGGGAAAUGUAUGCGCACCACAUUACUAGCACUAGCGAUUUCGUAUUUUGUAUGCGCUGCUCACAUUUACCAAAACGACAUGGUCAUUGUGAAUUCAAUGUACCUUCUUUGAAAUUGUAAAUGUUAGUUGAAUGCACAUUACCCAAACGAGGAGGCAAAUGUGCAUAUGUACAGUAAGAAAGGAAAUAAGUGCCUGAAGACUUACCGAUUCACUUUCCUUCCACUGCCUCGCGCUCCCUGGGCUCAGCGCCGUUUCCGGAGUUGGGACCGUCUGUCCCUUGACUGGUACACGAUGAACAAUUGUCGCUGGUUCUAAUGGUCACGCGUGACUUGCGUUGGAUAAUUUUUGUUUUUUGUAAUAAAUAAUGUCUGCCGCGGAACGCGUGUGCUAUGUGUACUAUGCGACGGCGAUCUCUGCCCGUAGGCUUGGAGGGGUUGCUCAGCAAGCUUCUGGUUGGCUACAGGCAAGAUCGAACCUUACUGCGCUUAGGUUAAGACUUGUGUUGUCUUGAAGAUGUAUAUUGCCUAAUACUCGAUACUAAUAAAAAUAUAGAAACACGAAAAAAUCUGUUUCAGUACGAAACAGCAUCUUUACCGGAAAAUGUGCACAUUUGCCGCAAUAUCUACUUUUACCGUAACAUACACAUGGCAUAAAUGUACAAAACUGAAAAAAAUAUUUGAAAUUUGUAGACGAAAAAGAAUUUGCACACGCUUCGUUAAGAGCACGGAGCCCGCUCGUCUGCGCCGUAUUUACUCUAUCUACCGUUCAUAGAAGCCAAAGGAAUGUGUAUGAAUUGUGAAAAUGUAUGUUAAAUAAAAAAAUUAUGAAUAUUUAUUACGGAACCAUAAUGUUAAGUAGGUACUCUAUGUGUUAUAUUCGUUUUUGUUGUAUUAUGUAAUUUAGCUAAAGCAUUAUUUAGGAGAAUUUGUUUUUUCUCAUGUAAAUAAAACGAAAAUAAAGGUUUCCUUUAUAAAAAAAAA